GCAUGACCCCCGUUGACCAAUCAUUUUGAAGGUAAACAAAUGAGCAGCGGCGUGCGUGCGCGUGCAGACGCGCUGGGUCAGUGGUAGCAAGCUGAGCAGAGCGUCAAUGAAUUACAUUUUCUAACGAAGCAUGAAGUCUGAACGGCACGCUCUGGAUGUGCAUCUGGGGUUUUGGACCUAUGGAACAUCAUCUUAAACUCGUAUUGUUCUCAUACUCCUGAGGGGAAAUGGGGAACGGAUUAUCAGAGCAACCCAGCUUUUUCUCCAGUCUUCCUUUCUGUAAUUCUCUUCACAUCGCUAUUCUGGGUCUGGAUUUUGCAGGCAAAACGACGGUCCUGUACCGUCUGCAGUUCAAUGAGUUUGUCAACACUGUCCCCACCAAAGGCUUCAAUGCAGAGAAAGUCAAAGUAGCUGUCGGUGACUCACAAACAGUGACGUUUCACUUUUGGGAUGUUGGCGGCCAGGAGAAACUGCGCCCUCUUUGGAAGUCCUACACACGCGGCGCUGAUGGCAUUGUGUUCGUUGUGGACUCUCUGGACACGGAGAGAAUGGAAGAGGCUAAGACGGAGCUUCACAAAAUCAUCCGCUCCUCUGAAAAUCAAGGAGUGCCUGUGUUGAUUAUUGCUAACAAGCAGGACUUGAGACAGGCUCUGUCACUGUCACAGAUAGAGACCAUGCUUUCUCUCAAUGAACUGGGACCCUCUACACCGUGGCACCUGCAGCCCACCUGUGCCAUCAUUGGUGACGGUCUCAAAGAGGGACUCAAAAGACUUCAUGACAUGAUUCUUAAACGAAGAAAGAUGCUCAAACAGCAAAAAACGACAAGAUAGACUGUAAUUGUAUUCUAUAAAAGGAAGGGAAAAUAUAAUAUUGAUAGUUGCAAACUUACAUUUUUAUGUGCCCAGAGUUGGUUAGAACCAACAAGCACUUUAGUAGUUUACUUUCUCAUUGUUUACUUCUCUGGCUGUUUACGAUCUUUUAUAGACUUAGAAAUAUAUAAACAUAAUAUAAAGAUUUUUUCAUCACACUGAAAGGUGAUUCUUGUUGGAAGUUUUAUUUAGAUUGGUUAUUUGCAAUAAAAUGGCUUGUUUAUUCUAAA